AUGAUCGCUUCGUAUUCAAUUACCGGUCUUGCAAGCCAAGAGCACACAGUACAGGUGUGGCUAAUAGUUAUUCUCUUGGUCGAUUGGGUCGUCGCCAACACCCCAAGAGACAACUUCUGUCGGAGUAUUCCGACUGUACAUGGCGGAGUCCUUUGGGGUGAUUCAGUGAACAAGAGGUUUUAUCUCUACGGCGGUGAGUGGACUGGAGGAACUGCAGAUGCAGUGUUUACCGUUUUAGGGUACGAUGUUCUCUACAACCAUUGGGAUGACUUCGGACUGCCAAGUAUAAAACCUCCACCACAAGUCGCAGCCUACGGUGCUGGAGUUGGCGUCUCGGAGAUUGGAAGUGGGUACUACUACGGGGGAUAUAUCAGCAAUGCCUCUAUGAGCGGAUGGACUCAACCGCGAAAGAUGAGCUCAAACUUCUAUUCCUAUGACUAUGACUCAAACGAUUUCACCCAAGCAGCUAAUCCGGAUGACUUGCCUAGAGCAGAAGGUGCCAUGGUUUGGAUUCCAGCUGGAGAUGCGCGAGGGCUUCUUGUGUAUAUGGGUGGUGUUGUCAGUCAGAAUAAUACAGUGCAACCUCAGGGAUUCGACGAAAUCUUCGUCUACGACCCAACGGAUAAUUCAUGGUUGAAACAGUCAGCAACAGGAGAAGUACCGCAGAAUCGACGCCAGUUCUGUAUGGAUGUGGCCUGGGCACCAGAUAGGUCAAGUUACAACAUGUACCGCUUCACCCCUCUCGAAUCUCCUCUCUACUUGUGGGGAGGACACAAGGUUACACCCCCAGAAGUAAAUGUUACUUCAUACAACGAUAUCUACAUACUGUCUAUGCCGUCUUUCAAUUGGGUCAAAGCCUACCCCGGCAAUUCCGGAAACUAUACUCUCCCUCCCAAAUUUGGUCAUUAUGCCGCCUCGUGCAACAUGGUCAAGUCGAUGUCUCAAAUGCUUGUCAUUGGAGGAACCUAUACAGACACGAACGACUGUGACUUGGCGUAUGAAAUCUGGGGCCAGCAUAAUUUCUGGACAGGCACGAACCAGAAUGCAGGAGACAAUACAUCUUACUACUGGGCGUUAUAUAACCCCAACAUCACCACUAACGUCGUCCCUAUAGACGUAUAUAAUGUCACAGGCGGAGACAAGAUGGGAGGGGCAAAUCUUACGGCGCCCCAAAAGGGGUUCGACCCUGGGAACGAGCUGCUACAAACAUUAUUUGAUCGAAAGCCGGUAAUUCCUGACCGCAAGCCGACUCGCGAUGUCGACAUGAAUUCUUCAGAUACCUCAAGCCUUUCAGGCGGUGCUAUUGCUGGCAUUGUAAUUGGUUCCGUUGCAGGCCUGGGGCUUCUAUUGUUAGCAUGGUACUACUUAGGGAAAAGGGUCCUCCAUCGUCGUGAGGAGAGGCGCCAAGAAAGGUACUCGAUAUCAUCACAAACGGGGAACAUGGCGGGAUUGUCAAGUGUAAGAAACACCCCCAUGUCUAUGAUCUCUCGACAAAAGUCAGCCGGGACCCGGGGCACGGCGUCCUCCAACUAUCCCAGUCCUCCUCCGGUGGAGCAAGGACCGCCCGUGGAACUCAACGCAGAGCAAGUUCCUGGCGAGCUACCCUCUGGUGAUCCAGCAACACCCAGAAUUAUUAACGAGUUACCCGCCGAGCAUUAG